AUGACUCAGAUUUGUUCAGGAAGCGGUCAGAGCUGCAGCUCUCUGAAGAUGGAGGAGCUCUGCUUUCCACAACUGCUCAACACCUCCUGCAGAAAGCCCACCUCUCCUUGGGCCAACUUUGUGCUCCUUAACAUUGUGCUGUACUUUAUCUCUCUGCUCACUGUGGCUCUUAACCUCCUUGUCAUCAUCUCAGUCUCCCACUUCAGGCAGCUCCACACAUCCACCAACAUCCUCCUCCUUGCUCUGGCUGUCUCAGAUUUUCUCGUGGGCCUCCUGGUGCUACCGGGAGAAAUCCUGCUAAAAACAUCCUGCUGGUUUCUUGGUGACCUCAUGUGUUUGCUCUAUAAUUAUGUGUCCUUCAUCAUUACGUCUUCUUCGAUAGGAGACAUGGUGCUCAUAUCAGUCGACCGCUAUGUGGCUAUUUGUGACCCUCUGCAUUACACCACCAGAGUCACUGUGAAAAGAGUUAAACUCUGUGUGUGUCUGUGUUGGCUCUGUGCUGUUUCUUACUGCAGUCUCUUGUUAAAGGAUGACCUGACUCAACCAGGCAGGUAUAAUUCCUGCCAUGGAGAGUGUGUGAUUGUCAUUAACCAGACUGCAGGAGUUGUUGACCUUGUUGUAACCUUUGUUGUUCCCAUUUCUGUCAUUGUCGUUCUGUACAUGAGAGUAUUUGUUGUGGCUGUGUCUCAGGCUCGUGCCAUGCGCUCUCACAUCACAGCUGUCACUCUCCAGCUUUCAGUGAAUCAAAAAAAAAAGAAAUCUGAGCUGAAAGCAGCCAGGACUCUUGGUGUUCUUGUAAUUGUGUUUCUAAUAUGUUUCUGCCCAUAUUACUGUGUCGCUCUUGCAGGUGAUGCCUUGGUCAGUGCUUCAACUGCAUCAUUUGUGCUUUAUCUGUUCUAUUUCAACUCAUGUCUUAACCCCAUGAUCUAUGCUUUGUUUUAUUCCUGGUUUAGAAAAGCAGUGAAACUCAUUGUCAGUCUUCAGAUUCUGCAGCCUGGCUCCUGUGAGACCAACAUACUGUAGAGAGGCUGUGGAGUGACUGAAAUGAGGCCUGCUCCACCAAGGUUUUGAAUUGAAAAUCACAAAAAUUUAAGUAAAACCUCUCCAUACAGUAUGUAAGCAGUUGAUGACAAAAUUGUGCAUUGCUCUACUCGGGGUCAGUUUCAUGUAAGGAUUGCAACUUAUUGCACUAUUUUGAUAAAAGAAAUAUAAUUAUGACAAGUUUUGACAAAAUACCUUUUUUGUCCUCACCUGUCUCAUUAUAUAACUUGUGUAUCUUUCCCUCCGCUGCUUCAUUUUACAAGAAAGGAAAGUCAAAACAAUACUAAGAUGGAAGGAAACCUCAGAGCGGCCCUUCUUCGGAGGCCUGGUGCUGCAGUUGGUGACUUAAGACUCAUCUAUACUCCUAUGUACAAAAACAGAUACAUCCAUUUUAUAUUCUUGCCACAAUUACUGAUGCAAUGAUCUCACAGAAACAUUUACUUGUACUGUACACUUGUGAUCUGAUUGUUAUAUGAUGGACAGCUACUCAGUGACUUUUUUGUAUUUUAUUCUUCUUACUGUGCGCUUGUGAUCUGAUUGUUAAUUGAGGGACAGCCACUC